UGUGAAGAAUUUCAGCUGUGUGGAAAUACAGAUCUCACAUAGUACCCUGGCUCUCUGUGAACGUGGCGCUCAAGCCAAACUUCUGGAUUUGGAUACAACAAGAACCAGGAAAUGUCCGGCGUGAUUCCUAUAAUCCUGACAGGGCUCUGCUUCCUGUUGCUCAGGCCCACUUGUUGCAGCGGCAGCAGGAUUCUGGUAGUGCCUGUCGAUGGCAGCCACUGGAUCAACAUGGAGCUGAUCCUCCGAGAGCUGCACUCAAGAGGCCACAACAUCACUGUGCUGCGCUCUGCCAAGAGCUGGUACAUCCCUAGCAAGUCUUCGAUUUAUACCUCUAUUAAUGUGACCAUGUUGGAGGAUGAGUCGGACAGGAACUUCUACAAUAGAAUGCUACAAGAUGUUAUUGAAUGCCGCCGGUCGCUGCCUUUUAUAAGCACCUUUUGCCAACAGUACUUGAUCACAACCUUGUUGGGAAAUGGCCAUGAGAUCCUCGCUAGAGCAGCUGCAACAAUGUUAGAUGACCCUGUUUUUAUGAAGAAGCUGCAAGAUGCCAAGUAUGACCUAAUGUUAACGGACCCUGCUUUGACUUUAGGGGUUAUUCUGGGUAGUUACCUCAAGCUGCCGAUGGUUUUCAAUGUGCGUUGGAUUAAUAAUGGGGAGAGUCAUUACACCAUAGCUCCCUCUCCUGUCUCCUAUGUCCCCGUGCCAGGAAGCGAACUUCAUGAUCAGAUGGAUUUUCUGGAACGAACCAAGAAUAUGUUACAUUAUCUUUAUAGUUUUGUUGAACACCACUUUGUCCUUAACCCUCCCUACUCCGAUCUGUUCCGACGGCAUUUCCCCCCUGGGACUGACCUGCUGUCGUUGCAGCGGGCAGCUGAUAUCUGGCUGGUGAGGUCGGAUUUUGUCUUUGAGUUCCCUCGACCCACCAUGCCCAAUGUGGUAUACAUAGGGGGGUUCCAGUGCAAACAGUCCCGCCCCCUCCCCGUUGAGCUGGAGGCCUUCAUGCAGAGCUCUGGGGAGCAUGGGGUGGUGGUCAUGUCUCUGGGGUCGCUGGUGUCGUCCAUGCAUCGUGAGGCCACAGAGGCCAUCGCUGCUGCUUUUGCUCAACUCCCUCAGAAGGUGGUGUGGAGGUUUGUUGGUGAAAAACCUUCAUCCCUGGGUAACAACACCCUGCUGGUGGACUGGAUGCCUCAGAGAGACCUUCUGGGACACCCCAAGACCCGCGCCUUUGUAGCCCACGGAGGCACCAACGGCAUGUAUGAGGCCAUUUACAACGGCGUUCCCGUUCUGGGCCUUCCCCUGCAAUUUGAUCAGUUCGACAACCUAGUCCGGCUAAAGGUACGCGGGGCAGCUCGGGUGGUGGAGGCAAAAUCAAUCACCAAAGAAGACUUCCUGGAGGCUCUAAAGGACAUCCUGGAGACUCCCUCGUACCGUGAAAACAUACAGCGUCUCUCACAGCUACACCGCGACCGGCCAAUGUCUCCCAUAGACACUGCCAUCUUUUGGAUUGAGUACGUGAUCCGGAACAAAGGAGCAGCCCAUUUGCAGUCAGCAGGUUUUAAUCUGCCUUGGUAUUCCUACUUCUGCCUGGAUGUGGCAGUUUUAAUUAUUACCCUUAUUGGAGUCUUAGUCUGGGCUUCAGUCCUAGCCUGUAAGAUUCUCUGCUGCCGAAGGUCCCGGUGGAAGAUGAAAGCAGAGUAACUCAUUGGAACUACACAAAAAUGGAGUUGAACAGCAACUGAUUCUCAUUUACAGCCUGGAAAACUUUCUGCUUCCUAUUCUAACUAUUUUAAAUAAAUAAAAUGAAUCAUGUUUGUCGGAGAUACACACAAUCUUGUAAGAUGAAUGCUUUUACAAGAGCUGUUAAAUAAAUAUCUAAGAAAAGUCAGGGGUCGUUUCAAAGAGAUCUGUCAGUUUUGGGGAUUCAUCUUGAACGGUUUUGAUACCAUACAAUAAGUCUAUAACUGUAAUCAUAGUUUGCUCUUUUCAAGCCUUUCUAAGCUAGUUUUAAUCAACAACUUUAUGGGUAAAGUCCAUAGCUUUUCACCAUUAUGUGUUAGCAGAAUGCAGGUGGUCGGUGUUACAACACAUUGACCAAAGGGUAGUUAUAUAAAAUUAAGAUAAAAAAAAAAGGAUUUGUUAACCUACAUAAGUAUUCCAUGAUAUCAGUCAAAGUGGUUUAUCAAAGAUCUCACAGAACUUGUGAGCCUCCAUCUAACAGUCCGUUCCCCUUGAGUUUCUCACUUCCUGUAAAAUACGAACACAUUGCAUCAAGAGGAACCUACUGAGAGCUUACAUCAUGGACUGUGAGUACAGAAUCUAAAUCCUCAAGACAAUCAUGGGACACCGUAUUAUCCUUUUUAUACUAAAUGCUUUUUUUCUGCUGACAAAAUGUUAGCAAAAACAGUCUGCGGUAUCAUACCAAAAUGAUUUGUACAUGAUAAAGGCCUACAGUCACUUUGUCAUAAUUGUAUUAAUGUAAAAAAGCAGGUAUGAAAGAAAUGUCAUACACUGUACUAGUGCUAUACUGUACCUUUAAACAGAUUGCAAAUGCAAAAACACAUGGAGUCUUAUCAUGAGAUCACUUCAAUGCACACCACAAACAAAACCUGAGAUUGUGGUGUACACAAUUGUUUUUGUAGCAGCUAAAUUUGGCCAGGUCAUGCAAAGGGCCCAAACACUGAGGGGAAAAAGAAAUACUUUGCUGUCACUAGCUGUAAAAGAUCUUAAGAGCUUUCAACACACUACAGUAAACAGUUUUUACAAGCCUGUUUGGAAUUUUUAUCCCACCUGCACGGAUCAAAAUAAAAAAAAAGGAAAAUGGAAAAGUUACUGCUCAGUGAUUGGGAAAUGUCUGGUGAUGCAUGAGAGCUAAAGGGACAUGGAAAAUGGACUGCAUAUUAACGUUUACAAUAUGCCCAGAUUUUUUUAUUUCACACUGUAUUCCCUUAAGCCACAAACAGACACCAUAUGUAGUGCUAUGGUG